CAUCACCGGCUUUUCACUUUGCCUUAUUUGCUCAACUUCAAUAAUGCCAAGCUCGAUGUGACUGGCCAUGCCUGAGCAUUGAUCGGGAGCCAUUAAGGGCUGAUAAUGUAAUAAAGGCCAACUGACCCUGUGAAGCAACGUCAAAGUUCUGCUGCUUGAUUUCAAAAGUUGGGCCCCUCAAUAAGUUGCCAACAAGCCUGCAACUCUCUGUCGAGAGAAAUCAUUGUUCUUUUCAGUCACCUGUAUUUGCUUCUCAUGCAUUUUGUUUGAACCUUUGCGCAACUUACCGUCUAGCGUCUUGUGUCAGGUAAAACCCACUUGUAUUCAUAGGCCACUGCGCCGAGCAGGCUAGGAAAUCAAGUAGAUUCUGUUUUUUUAAAUGUCUUAUUAUGGAGCAAGUUUCGAGUUUACGACACUACACCGGCGUUCACACUUCGCUGUAUGGGAGCCUAGACACAGCCUCAAUUGCAAAUCUCGAAAAGGCCAUCCUUUUCACAGAGAUUGGGCACUAUGCUCAGGCACAUGCGAUAUUUGAGACCGGUUUCCUUACCACUCGGAGUGUUCCUGUGGUAGUAAUAGAAGAGGCGGAACUGGCGAUGCAACAGCUCCAUUAUGGAGAGGUUUAUAGAAUUUUGGGACGAGGACUACAGGCAGCACAAAGGUCGCCAGGCUAUGAUGUCAACGAACCGGCCUUGCGUUUCAUGAGCUUGUUCCAAGCCAUGGCUGCAAUCCACUAUAAAGGAACUGUAACCCCAGCUAUUGAGCAGAUUCAUCGGACCCAGCAAUGGCUCAAGGACGUUCCAGUAUCCGAAUAUACAGACAUCCAGGUCGACGUAAUCAGAAAAUAUGUGCUUACGGUUUUGCUUGUUUCCAUGUACUCUCAUUUUGACGAGCCGGAAACAUCUCUCAUCCCCAAGCCCACGGAACGACGUAUUCCAUGGCAAGGCCUGACUGACCUGCGAAUCUCUCUACUAAACCGCAACAUGCUGAAUGAAGUAUUGUCACUGUUCCGAGUUGAGCGAAGCCGUCUCCCAAUAGCAGAGAGAGCAGGGGCUAUUCAAUCUGUCCUAGAAAGAACAGAGUCCCUCUCAUUUCAGUCCGAUGAACAGCGGCUAUGGAUGCAAGCAGAUCUGAAACUACUUCUAGCUUUCUCUGUCAACGAGCUUGGGAACGUGGAAAGAGCCAAACUCGAAUUAGAUAAAGCUGAUCAAUUGUUGAAAACUUGGAGUCAAUUGGCGGGUAUCGAGAGCGCAGAUACGCUGAGCACAUCUCUCAGUAUCCGAUUCUAUCGCAUGGAAGUCUCUCCCGAAGAGGAACCUAUCGGCUAUCUAAACCAGUGCCUUAGCAUGCUAGAUGUCCUACAGACAGCUGGCCAUCUGCGCCUUGUGACCUGUUUUCAUCGAGCCACAGAAGCAGCCGACAAGGUUGCGCUUUUGACUGGAUCUAAAGGUUAUCGAGACCUCUAUUAUCAAUUGCAUGAGGCAAGACAAACUCACCAGGAGACUGUCUUGGAGGAUAUUUCAGGGAUGCUUUUUGACCAUGCUGACAUUGUCUGUGACGCAUUAAAAAGUACGGUCAGCAUCCGUAAAACCAUCGAAUGGCUGGAUGGAUUUGAGGCAAAAUACCCUGCGUUUGAGCUGCCAUCUGGACUCUUAGAGAUCCAACGUCAUCGUAGCCGGCUUCAUUGGAGGCUCGGUGACGAAGCAAAAAGGGCAGAAGCACAAGAGAAAUUAGACGUCUUAAAAAAACAAGGGCCGCGAAGGAUUGGUCCCAUGGUUGGAGUGCGCUCAACUCAAAUUACAGAAUCCAUCGAUUCCUCUGCUGCUAGUGCUUCGCACGCGUCGAAGCCGCCCGCUUACGACCCCGACGAUGUUGAAGAGGCAAAUUUCUUUAUGGAGUGGGUUGAUGUCGAAGGCACAAAAGACAGAAAAAACAGCAAAAUAAUGACGCUAUUGUGUCGAUGGCUUCUAGAGGACUUUUCUCACAAAGUGAUUUCAGAGAACGAAUUGCGUCAGAUCAGCCAGCUUCUCUUACGUGACGAAGAAACUGAAGAUGACAUAGGAUCCAGGGAUGCAAAUGGAAUUAUUCAGCUAAUUGCAUCUCUCUUGCCAAUGUCAGCGUAUCGGAGUCUUUUCACACCCGGCGGACAUCUUCCGGACUUUGACUCUUGGACUCACAGCCUCGAAAAACUUGAGGCAUGGCUGCGGCGUCCCUCAUCGUCAUCAUCAUUCAAUGGCCGCCAAUAUCUCUUCUUUUCGCUGCAGGAUCUGCGCAAAGACCUUGUCUAUGCAAGUACGCAUUCGCUAGCUACGAAAAUCUCUGAGGUUGAGAGAUGUAUGGAUAUACUCCCCAAGUUGCCAAAAGCUGUUCAAGAAUUGAUCGGCAAUCGACCGUCAUUAUGGCAUGCUGCUAUUGCCAGUGCGUCAAUCAUCAGUCUUUGCACUCCCGAUCGCUUUGUCAACAUUGACGCUUUUAAGAGCGAAGAGACUGGACAAAUUCUGGAUAGGGCCGAGCUGGAGGCCCAGAAAGCCAUUCGUAUGGAAGAGGAUAGUGGUCAUAUAUACGCUUUGGUGAUAUGCCAGCGGACUCUAGCAGAGAUCUAUCUCCUCAAGAUGCAUCAUUUGCUGUUGGAUCCAGUGCAUAAGUCACAACUGGACGACAAGCUCACUGAAUUGAUGGAAAAAGGACUGGCAGAACUUGAAAAAGUUCAAGCUUAUCAAGAACAGUGCCUGUUGGACUUUACAAUGUCGGACAAGCUUGAGUCGCACAAUUCUAGGGAGCGAGAGUUCGCUUUUGGUCUAAGCCAUCGUGCUCUGGCAUUAGCUUUGCAUCUUCUCUUAACUGGAAAUUUGCUGAGGUCACCACCUGUCAGACCAGAUGACAAGCUCGUUGAAAGGAUGUGGCACUGGGUACAGCGGUCUAAAGCCCAAUCUUUGGCGCGCACCAUGGGCCUGAGGAAUGUUGUACCGUCCAGCAUCCUCAAGGACAUUCGAGCAUCGGAGGAAUGCAAUCACCUAUAUACUGAAAUGAUUGAGCUUCAAGAGACGAUUGUGCGGAGUAAUUUGCACGAGCGAUAUAACCUACGACGUCGCUUGGAAGCUCAUAUAGACACAAUGAAACAGAAUGCAACGCUCAAGCAGCUUCUGGGCAUUCAACUAGGCGAAGCACUUUCAUAUGAUGAUAUUGAGAAGAUAUCUGCGGCCAGUGAUUCACCUGUUGUCUUUGUUGAUUGGCUGUUUCUACCGGGAUACGCCUCACUGGGGAAGAUUCUGCUAUUUACGGCUGCAGCAGGCCGCCCUCCUACCAUUGACUUAGUCUCCGUGGGAAUGGAAGUCGUAGAGGAAUGGGUCAGGGAUUAUCUCGAGGAUGAAGAGCCGGACGAUUUUGGUCUCCUGCCAUUGGAGACUUCGUUUGGACGGGCCGAAUCGAUGGCACGUUUGAACAACCUCGUCGGGCCACUCAGCCACAGAACUCGAUCAGGGGACUUGCUGAUCUUUUCGCCGUCGUCGUCUCUAUACCGUGUUCCAUUGCAUGCACUCCAAGUUCCGAGCACAGAGGGACCUCAAAAACAAGCAAUUAUCCGCCGAAAUCCAAUCGUGUACAGUCAUAGCCACUCAAUCCUUCGUCCCUGCUUUUGGGCAUCUCAACUGGCCGCUGAUGCAGACUCACCAGUUUGUUCGCUUCUUGUUCAUGCGGUUCCUGAUGGACCAGACGAUGGGAAGAGCAGUGUUAAAGAGAUAUCGACCUCCUUUGCCUCUAAUGACCUCGAGGUGCGCUCCUUAUUUGAAGCCGAUGCAACGAAAACGGCGCUUGUCAGGGCCGCCCCCGACUCACGAUUGAUUCACAUCCACACGCAUGGAUGGUGGGAAUCUGACGACCCCUUAUCUCAUAAUCUGGAACUUUUCCAUGGCAUCUCUGACCUUGAGCCGGCGGAGGCCGACGAAAGGACGGCUCAUGAGAGAGGUGAGCAAGAAGCCGAUUAUAAACUUACUGCCCGCGAAGUCUUCUCUAUCCCGCUCGCACGUGGCACCCAUGUCAGUCUUAUCGCCUGCCGUGGAGGUCUUGCGCGGAUCAAUCAGGGAGACGAGGUCAUGGGCAUGGUCCCAGCACUGCUUGCUUCGGGUGCUAGUUCGACUAUAUCAACCUUGUGGCCUAUAUUCGACUCGGAUGGAGCUCAAUUUGCGCGUCUGUUCUAUUCCCAUCUCUUCGAGGAAAGGCGUCAAGCUAUGGCCAAAGGAUCGGUUUCACCUGGAUUUGUAAAUCUUGCCAAAGCUUUUCAAAAGGCAGUGUGCGAUAUGGAUACUGAUUCAAGGGAACCCUUGAUCUCAUGGGCCGGAUUCAUCUUUCACGGGUUUUGGUCGUACUAUCUUCCGCCUGGUAACAUAAAAACAUGACAGUAGAUCCGUCAAGGGUCAGGUUCAAGCCGCUUUAUUACUUUUUUUACUAUCGUUUCAUAGGUUCAAGCACUGCCAAUGCCAUGAACUCCGCUGCUGUUAUUGUUAUUUUUGCGCAGCUAUACCAUCUAUCGUCAUGGCUCAAAACGAUGCCGCACAGGGGCGUGUUGGUUAGCCAGUUUUGAGAAACAAAAUCAAGGGCGACCAUACAGCAAGCAAAUCACUCUCCAUCGGCUUUGGACAGUGUUAAUUGGGAGAU